GGCGACAGCGUGAAUACAGACUACGACUUGAUCUGCCAAUAGUCACUAUGAAAGGGCAGGACCGCGCAAACCUCUUUCUACCCCCACCCUUUGGGCCAAUCUUUUCUUUGGAACCCUAUAUGAUUGGCAGGCACUCAGACCAAUAGCGGUUAGAUAUCCCUGAACCCUGCCCAACGACCGCGGGCAGGAGGCGGCUUCUCGUUUGUUGGGGCGUGUGUAUGUGUGUUUGAGGGGAUUAAGGGGUAAACUGGGGCAAAACAGAACCGACCAUGGCCGCCGCGGAGGAGGAGGACGGGGGCCCCGAAGGGCCAAAUCGCGAGCGGGGCGGGGCGGGCGCGACCUUCGAAUGUAAUAUAUGUCUGGAGACUGCUCGGGAAGCUGUGGUCAGUGUGUGUGGCCACCUGUACUGUUGGCCCUGUCUUCAUCAGUGGCUGGAGACUCGGCCAGAGCGGCAAGAGUGCCCAGUGUGUAAAGCUGGGAUCAGCAGAGAGAAGGUUGUACCCCUUUAUGGGCGAGGGAGCCAGAAGCCCCAGGACCCCAGAUUGAAAACUCCGCCCCGUCCCCAGGGCCAGCGACCAGCUCCAGAGAGCAGAGGGGGAUUCCAGCCAUUUGGUGAUACCGGGGGCUUUCACUUCUCAUUUGGUGUUGGUGCUUUUCCCUUUGGCUUUUUCACCACCGUCUUCAAUACUCAUGAGCCAUUCCGGCGGGGUACAGGUGUGGAUCUGGGACAGGGUCACCCGGCCUCCAGCUGGCAGGACUCUCUUUUCCUGUUUCUCGCCAUCUUCUUCUUCUUCUGGCUGCUCAGUAUUUGAGCUGAGUCCCCUUCCUGCCCACAUCCAGCCAGUGGAGAAUCAGUAUUGGGGGUCCCUGCUUGACCCUUCCUUACUCCUGGAUCCUCCCCGCUAACCCCUCCAUUUCUGUGGUUAAGGUCAACCCUGGUCAUCUUCCAGGAGUGUGUGGGGAGGUGAAGUGACAUCUGUGCAUAGACUAGGAGAACCUUCUGCUCUGCGCUGCUCACUUAGCCUCAGAAUUCCCAGCUCUGGGAGAGGAGGACAGACUGAAGACAGUGUUUGUUUCUCCUCUCUCGUGAUCCUUUGCAUUUCCCCAGAUUUCUUGAUUUGAUGUUGAAAGGUGGGCAAGCCUCCCUCUGACUCUCCCUGACUUGCCCCUUGCUAAUUUAAUUUAAUUGUUCUCUCCCCAGUGUCUAAUAUGUGUUCUGACUCUUAAGUGUUUCCUUUCCUUCACUACAUCCUUUAUUACAAAUUCAAUAAACAAGGUGAGAUGUAU